AUGAGCCUGCUAGAGCGCGCCGUGUCAAGAAGAGACAGGCCGCCAGCACAGCUGGCGGAAGUGAAGUAUUUCCGAUUUCACUUGAGUACAGCAAGCCUUGUGAGUGGCUCAGAGGGCGCUUUCUAUGUCAUGGAAGCGCUUUCCAGAGCAUACAGCCUUGGCAAGGAGACCUGCGGAUGCCGGCUCUCCAUGAAGCACUUUUUCUCAUGCGAGAGCAACAAGGACAAACAGCGAUGGAUCCAAGCGGCUUUGAAUUGUGGACCUUUGAUGCCAGCCCUCAGCCCUUUGAAAUCGGCUUAUGAAAGCAGUGACGGGGACAGCGAGCUGCUUCAACUUGGCUGCAUCUUCCAGGACAUCGAGACGCUGGGCGGCUGUGAAGCUCAUUGCGUGGUUCAUGGCAAGCUUUGCCCAGUGCCUGGCUGUGACCUUUUGGUCAUUGGGUCCUCCUGCGAAGAUUUAAGCAAGGCCAAUCCAAGGAAGGAGACACAAAAGUUCGUGUUCCAGCAGAGCAAUUCAUUGGGAAGCUCAGCGCAGACUUACCACGGUUUUACCAGCUAUGUUGCGGCUCACUCACCUGGGCUGGUGACGUACGAAAAUGUGGGUGGGCUUGAGGAGCAAAUUGGGGCACAUGCCCAAUCCAACUUGGAUGUCUUGAUGCAAACCAUGAAAGAAUUGGGCUAUAGCGGCCAGCCUUUGCGAACGGAUGCUUCGUCCUUCGGCUUGCCGGCCAGAAGGUUGAAACCUUUUCUGGAGGAGAGGAAAGAGAAGAGCGCCAAGGCUGCAUCGAAGAGCCCCAAGUCUUCUGGCAAUUGUGCAGACCAACACAUGAAGUUUGCAGAAGCUGAAGGGUUGCGAUGGGGACAGACAUACCCUCAAGAACCCAAGUUGAAUCCGUGGUUUGGAACCUUGACAGCCAGGGAACAGGACGUGCUGGCUUUGUCCAGGGCGCAAGCCCCGGAUGCUGGCUUCAGAAAUGUUUCCCAAUCGCUUGGACGGGUGCACACUGCCAGCCUGUGCAAAGAUACCAAGAAGCGUGUUGCCCCAACAAUGCUUCCAGGUCAGCUGCUCUUUCUCGAGCUGGUUAAGCCUCCAAGAUUGAUGUUGGAUCAAGAAGCCCUUUUGUUUCAAGGAUUUCCCGCACCUCAGUUUCUGAAGCUGGUAGAGACGGAAGGCAUCGAUGUCUACGAAUGCUCUGCUGCGGCAAGCGGCUCAGUCCGAAAGCGGUCUGGCCCAGGAAGGAAGUGGCUGACAGAAAGCUUGACGGCUGACCUUGCAGGGAAUGCCAUGGCUCUGCCAGUGUUGCUUGCGAUUGUGCAGAGUGCUGUGGCCUCCCUGCUGUUCAGACCUGAUUCCCGAGCGUCCACACGGGAAGAAACAGCCGAUGCUCUCUCUGCAUUGGGAAUCCUCGCUGAUUUGUGA